CUUAACCAAGUCCUGAAAGGUUUGCACAGCUGCAACUGCAAGCCCUUACGCAGAUAGCUUCUGACUAGCGCUCACCCCAGAUUAUAUACACUAUAACACCUAGAUCGGUGCUCUGGCAGUUCCUUCUGUUUCGCUUGCCGUCUUGCGUUGACCACCUCAACGAAGCGCGUUGGUCAUAUCUGCUAUCGGUAUUCGCCUGUAAUAAAGAUUGAAGCAUAACUCGACUGCUCAAAGGAGCGGCAGCUCGCGGGAGGAGAACAACGUGGACUUGACCGGACGAAGUGAUAUAAAUGGAGGACACUCGCGCUCGCUGGGAUCGAGCAUUUCAAGAAGCCGUAGACUAUGAUACCUGGGGCCAGGUGGAGGAGGCACUGGAGGGAUAUCAACGCCUUCAGGUUGCGGCAGCCGCGGAAUAUGUGGAGAAUGUGCUGCAGCUGCCCAUGAACCGCCGGGACGGCAUCGGCAAGCUGGCGAGUGCCCUGAAGUACCGGAUCGAGGAGCUUUCCAAGAGCUCAAAUAAGAAUGUCGGCCUGGCGGGCAUGAAGACGUUGAAAGGCUUCAUGAAGGAGAUCAUUAUUACUGAUGCGGUCUUCCCGCUCCCACACGUAAAGCCGGAGGGCACCAUCACGCCAGGGCCCGUUGGUCUGGCGUUCGGUGCACCAGCAGAGGUGCACGACGCGGAUGCGGAGGAGGAGGCGGCCAUGGACCCUGGCGACGGCACGCUGCGGCCGGCGCCGGCGCACAAGAAGGGCGACAUCAGCCUGGUGGUGUUCAUUGACAAGUGGGGCUUCAAGGACGCCAUGUCCUACUAUGAGCCGCGCGUGGCGGUGUCGGUGCGCGAUGAGAAGGGCAAGGCGGUGGAGGCCGUGCAGGAAACGCCGGUGGGCCGCUCCAACCUGAGCUACGUUUUCUUUGAGAACACCAUCUACAUCCAGACGCCGCUGAACUCGCUCAGCGACAAGGCGGCUAUCUUCUUCGAGUUCCGGCACUUCAAGGCCAAGAAGAAUAAGAAAAGUGUCAAGGCCUAUGCGUUCAUGGAGAUGGACGAGAUCAAAUCCGGCCCCGUCACGUUGGAGGUGUACAAGAAGCCCGCGGACUACAAGCGCAGCAAAAAGCCUGGGCUGCUGAGCGUCAAGCCGCUGUACCUGCACCUGGACCUCACCGUCACGCAGCGGAAAUGAGUCGAGCCACGGCGGCGGCAGCGGCAGGCGCAGAAGUAGCUGGAUUGUGGUGCAUCAGUAUGGGCUUACCAGCGUCGGCAGCACUGGAAAUUGGGGCGGAGCCGGGGAGAACGCGUUGUGUUCUGACUUGUGAGGGCUUGGCGACUCGCGGGGCUCGGCACAUGACGCGACAUGACAAGAAGGGACAUGGACCACGAGGUGAUGAGUAUAUUGUUCAUCGGCGAGCGCGGCAGAGGGGCGAGGCACGGCACCAUUUAUGAUUUGGCUUGGUCUGCAAGGGGCAGUGGAGCGUGCGUCGAGAAAGGGUGAGGUGUCAGAUGGAGCCGCACCAAAUGUGUACGGCAUGUGUGCACUUGAUGUGGUAUGAUCGGCAACGCACGGUGCACAGGCUUGAGGUCCUGACGAGCCGCACACGUGCGAUACUGUUGCGUCGCGGGGCUCUCGCGAGGGUACAGUUUGUGUCAGCGGUGUGCUGGGCUGUGCAUCAAGCACUACGCGCGGUGCGGUGCGAUGAUGGGCGCGUUCAAGGCGGAACCCCGAGACCCGCAACGCUUUUUCUGGCUGGACCUGGACAGCGUGGGCGUGGCGUAGUAUUGUACUAUUCUUCCAUCCAGCACUACCACCGCGUAACCGCAGUCAGGCAGAGCAUGGAACUACGCAGGGAAGGGAACCACGAUACCAACACUUCCCGUCGUUUCCCGUGGACCUGAGAUGAUUCCUGAUUGGACUAUCGCUGCUAGAUAAACACGUCAUAUCAUGAUGCAGUAUGCAAAUGCGUGAAU